GAUUGGACAAAUGGGAGUGAGAUCCAGGGGGACACAGAAUCUGCAUGGAGGACUGAGGGGCCACAUCACCCUGCAGGAGCCCUGGGAACAUGGAACGAGCAGAUAGAGACUCGGGCUCCAGUCUAAAGGCCGACCCAGUCCUCAGCCCCCAAUAUCAGCAGAGACUAUGGAGGGUCUGCAACGGACUGAUGGCGGCAUUUUUUGCUCUGGCUGCUUAUGUGCAAAUCAAUGAUCCAGACGCUGAAAUGUGGAUUGUGAUCUAUAUGAUCCCGGCCGCCCUGAUCUUCCUCCUCAGUGUGAACCCAGACAUAACGGGUCAUGUGAUCUGGAGGACUUUGUCCGGUCUCCACAGCGGCGUCUGUUUGAUCGGAGCGUCUUAUCUACUGGUGCCGUUGCUCGUUUCUGGUAAUAUAAGAAGCAUUUUACAUGAGGAAGAGGGCAGAGAGCUAUCUGGAUUACUAAUCAUUGCACUGUGGAUGUUCCUCUGUAAAGAUUCCAGAAGAGCCUCGGUUGGUGCGUUCAGAUUAUUGGUGGCCACAUCCAUUUCAGUUUUUCCCUUCUUGACUUGGCUCUACAUCUACAUUAACAAGGAGAUGAGGACAUCUUGGCCUCAGCACUGCAAAACCUUCAUAUGAGAUCAGAACAUCGAAGUUUUGAUGGGUCUACAGAUGGAUAGAGUCUUACCAUGGAGCCCACUGGGCCUGGGACAGUUGUCUAUUUACUGCGUGUGGCUCUUAUCAUUGUGCCAUCAAAGCUGGAAUUGAGUAAAUGCUUCCACCUCCUUCAAAGGCCAACGUAAAGCCCAAGAGUCGAGGACAGAUCGUGUAUUUGAUGUUUUUGGACCUCAGUACCUUGAACUGGUCUAUUUCAGUGAAGGUGUUAUAGAACAGGCCCCCACUAAUCCGUUCUUCUUUGGGACCAACAUGCAAUGGUGUCUAUCCUCAUCAUAAGUUCUCUUCAAUGGAUUAGGAUCCAGCAUUAGCAAAACCUGAAUUACAUUUUUGAAGAGAUUUCCCCAUUUUUGUUUUGGGAAGGGGGUGUAGGGGGAAAGGUUGGGCUAAGACUCGUGUAAGGGCUGGACCACCAGAGAAUACAGGCAGAAGAUGACUUGAACUUU